GACUCUGGGUGAAGUUCUUCUUCCUGAGAGCGGUGCAAAACACACCGACAAAAUUUGGGAACGGAGAAUAGCAGUUUGUGGAGUCAGUCAGUGGAAGAAGUACUCCUCUGUAGAGUCAUGGCCUCUGCUUCAAUACCGGUCUACAACUCCUCUAAUAAUCCCCUGGAGAACAGCUCCAGUCACAAUGCGUCCAGAGAGAGUCUGAAAAUGGAGCCCCUGGCAGACUGCAGCUUACUGCCCGGAGAGGAGAGGAUCAUAGACAAAGACAUCAUCUAUAUCUGUCCAUUCAGUGGAGCUCUGAAAGGCAAAGUCUUCAUCACUAACUACAGACUCUACUUCAAGAGUGCAGACGCAGACCCGGCGGUGACUCUGGAUGUUCCGCUGGGCGCCAUUGGCCGGGUGGAGAAGAUGGGCGGAGCCUCCAGUCGGGGGGAGAACUCAUACGGGCUGGACAUCACCUGCAAGGACAUGAGGAACCUGAGGUUUGCGUUGAAGCAGGAGGGACACAGCAGAAGGGACAUCUUUGACAUCUUGUUUAAAUAUGCCUUCCCCCUAUCCCACGGUCUGCUUCUGUUUGCGUACCUGAGUCAAGAGAAAUUUGAAGAGAAUGGCUGGAGUGUGUACAAACCCAUGGAAGAGUUCAGACGGCAGGGCUUACCCAAUGACAAGUGGCGUGUCACGUUCAUCAAUGCCAACUAUGAGCUGUGCGACACCUACCCCACCAUACUGGUGGUUCCCUUCAAAGCUACAGAGGAAGACUUGAGGAAAGUGUGUACCUUCAGGUCCAGAGGACGCAUUCCUGUGCUGUCGUGGAUCCACCGUGAAAACCAGGCUGUAAUCUGCCGCUGCUCUCAGCCUCUGGUGGGGAUGUCUGGGAAGAGGAACAAGGAUGACGAGCGCUACCUGGACCUCAUCCGGGAGGCUAACGGCACCGCCAAGCUCACCAUCUACGACGCACGGCCCAGCGUCAACGCCGUCGCCAACAAGGCCACGGGUGGGGGUUACGAGGGUGACGAUGCAUAUCAAAACGCUGAGCUGGUGUUUCUAGACAUACACAACAUCCACGUGAUGAGAGAGUCCCUGAAGAAGCUAAAAGACAUUGUCUAUCCCAACGUAGAGGAGUCACACUGGCUGUCCAGUCUGGAGUCCACACACUGGCUAGAACACAUCAAGCUGGUCAUAUCUGGAGCCAUCCAAGUAGCAGACAAGAUAUCGGGAGGUAACUCUGUGGUGGUCCACUGUAGUGAUGGGUGGGACCGGACAGCCCAGCUCACCUCUCUGGCCAUGCUGAUGCUGGACAGCCACUACCGCACCCUGAGAGGAUUCCAGGUACUGCUGGAGAAGGAGUGGAUCGGCUUCGGACACAAGUUUGCCAAUAGGAUAGGACACGGUGAUAAGAACCAUGCUGAUCAGGACAGGUCUCCUAUCUUUGUACAGUUCAUAGACUGUGUCUGGCAGAUGACCAAACAGUUCCCGACAGCGUUUGAGUUUAACGAGCGUCUCCUAGUGACCAUCCUGGACCACCUGUUCAGCUGUCGCUUUGGAACCUUCCUCUACAACUGUGAGCGUGCCAGGGACACUAACGAGUUGCGGUCGAAGACGGUGUCUCUGUGGUCAUUGGUAAACAGUGAUCUGUCCUUCUACCAGAACCCCUUCUACACCCCAGAGUCCAAUAGAGUCCUCUACCCUGUAGCCAGCAUGAGACACCUAGAACUCUGGGUGACUUACUACAUCCGCUGGAACCCUCGCAUCCGACAACAGCAGCAGAGUCCAGUGGAACAGCGUUACAUAGAGCUGUUAGCCCUGAGAGAUGAAUACCUGAAGAAACUGGAGGAACUGCAGCUCUCUGACUCCUCCCCCAACUCCUCCCACCUAUCAAAUAGCUCCACCCCCAACGCAGCCUCUCCCACGCAGCACAUCACCCACCUGCACACCCCCUUCUGAGUGGGGUCGGAGUGUGUGUGGCGACCCCACUAUACAACACACGUGUAUGCGCAUUCUCCGGGGUCGGUGUUGAUUACAUGUCAGUCCAGUUAAUGAAUCAUAGGAGAUUGAUUGAAGUUCCAAAUUUGAGAGUUGAAAAGUGACAUUUUUUCCCAAUGAAGAUUUUUCAGUUCUGCAGGAUUUCAGAAUGUUCAGUUCUUCGGAAUUUCAGAAUUUGAAUUCACUUCCUGACAUUGAAAUGGGUUUGACCCUGACACGGGAAGUUAUUUUUUUGUACAUAACGUUUAAAGUAAUAAUGAAGUCGAUAAAUAACAUGGAAUAGACGUAACCAUGGUGAUUAUGCAACAUGUCACAGUACAGCCUUUUCACAACUUUAAUAGAAUGUUGUUUUUCCACCAAAACAAAGAAGCCUUAAUAUAAAAUAAAACAAUGUUUGUAGAUAAACAAUACUAAAGGUGAAGGGUUAAAACUCACUGGCUGCAUUCCAAUUCACCCGGAAGUGUGCCUUCAGUCACUCCCCUUCAUGCUCAUGCAUUGUAUUGGUGCAAGCAUGGCUGGAUGGAUGGAGUUUCCACCAUAUUCCUCACACCAGUCCCUUUUAAAUCUAUGAGGGGGAGCGUAUGAGUGCACACUUCAGGAGAAGGGGAGAGAAUGGGAUCGUAGCCCCUGCUCCUCUAGGACUGAAUACACUGCACUCCUCUCCAUGACCAGGGAGAGAAUGGGAUCGUAGCCCCUGCUCCUCUAGGACUGAAUACACUGCACUCCUCUCCAUGACCAGGGAGAGAAUGGGAUCGUAGCCCCUGCUCCUCUAGGACUGAAUACACUGCACUCCUCUCCAUGACCAGGGAGAGAAUGGGAUCGUAGCCCCUGCUCCUCUAGGACUGAAUACACUGCACUCCUCUCCAUGACCAGGGAGAGAAUGGGAGACUGGAAUGAAAAUUUGACUAGAAGUGUAUGUGACUUGUUUCCCUUCAAUCAUUGUGUAGCUGUACCUAUGUCCCAACAUAAGCAAUACCAGUCCAAUCAUUCAGUUAAGUUUGGAUAGGAAGCUUGAGUGUAAACCAAGUCCACUGCAGUUUCCCCGUCCCAACUCACAUAAAUGAUUUAGCAUUCAUACCCACAGAAAUAGUAUCAAUCAGUUCUAUGUUCAUAAGUCCCAAAUUGUAUAUUUUAUUCGGGGUUGAUUACAGCCCAGUGUAUGAUAUCCGGUAGGCCAAGUAUCCCUGUGUAUUGUACUGUAGAAGGUCAAGGGAGAGACGGGACACAGUCAGUUGUAUUGGUUCCUAUGAGAGGUGCUGAGAGUUUUAUCUCAUAUUGUGGUCCACUCGAGCCUCGUCCCAAAUCUGAUUGUACUGUCUCGCCGACUCAAAAUAACCUCUCUUUUUUUUAACGUUUUUUUUAUUGGUCACAGAAACAUAUUUAGCAGGUGUUAUUGCAGGUGUAGCAAAAUGCUUGUGUUCCAAGCUCCGACUGUGCAGUAGUAUCUAACAAGCCACAAUAAUACACACAUCUAAACGUAAAAUAACGGAAUUAAGAAAUAUAUAAAUAUUAGGAUGAGCAAUGUCAAGAGUGGCAUUGAUUUAAAAUACAGUAGAAUUGAAUACAGUAUAUACACAUGAGAUGAGUAAAGCAGGAUGUAAACGUUAUUAAAGUGACUCAUAUGGUCGUAGUCAUGCAUUACAUUUACCGUAUGUGUUGGUAAGACUGCACAAACAGAUCUGGCACCAGGCCAGGUCCACUCAGUCCAAUAAUAGUGAUCAGUGGUUCUGCCUCAACCCAACUCAUUUUACACAACUUCAGAACCUUUACAACCUGUUACCUUAAAUGGUCAAACCCCUCUUGGCAUAAACGUAAACAUUUGCCAUCGACCCUAUUGAUCCCAAUCUGCGUGGCAAAAUGGUUUAGCUCAAAUUUGCUGAAGGUUUUUGGACUCUCAUAGAGUAGGUUCAGAAAUAAAUCCCCAAAUAAAAGCUGUGGACGGGACAAGUUCUUUUGACGAGAGCAAUGUCUAGAGGUGGGAUCAGAUCGGUGGAAGUCCAGAAUCAUUUACAACGUUUCAAGCGAUCACGAUGUGGGCAAUGUAUUCUCAGACAACAGUUCUUUGGACAAGAAUCACCAUAGAUUUUCAGAUUAGAUUGGUGGGAAAACCCAGGAAUUGUUUAGUUACUCUUUACAGGGCAUAUCCAGUGUUCUGGAGAACGCAGGUCAGGUCCAGUUCUGUGCCUUUGACCGUCUGAAUUUCAUCCUCAGGUGGAUGUUUUGUAUGUACCCAAACUAUAACUUUGUCUUUGUCAUUGUUCCUCUGUGUGUGGCAUCGGUGGCGAGGGGUAAAGGGAAAGAAAGCACCUGUUUGGUUGUGGAA